UUUUUUUCUUUCUUUUUUGUUUCUUUUUAUACUAUGGAAAAGUUACUUCAGUGGGCAGUGAAUAACAGUGACCAAAGCUCUUUAGCUGAACAAGCAGCAGCUAUUCGACGUGGAGAAGCUCAGCCUGAUCCUCAAAAAUAUGAUCCCAAAGUACUUGAAGCUAUUCUCGGUAAAGACGAUGCCACUCGUAUGCGAGGUAAGUCUCUCUUUCGAUCAACUUGGAUUCUUUCUAACCAGAUUCAUAGAAUCGGUUGAAUGUAUCAAUGAUCCUAACGAUACCUUGGAAAACAAGGUGAUUGCAUUAGAUAAUUUGGAACUUUUGAUUGAGGGUAUUGAUAAUGCACGCAACAUUGAGAAUAUGAAAUUAUGGCCUGGUAUUAUUCAACAAUUGAGUGCUCCUGAAGCUGAAAUACGUCAAGGAACUGCUUGGGUGUGUGGUACAGCAGUUCAAAACAAUCCUGAAGCACAACAAGCAUUUCUGGAGAACCAAGGAUUAGACCCUUUGAUUCAAUUGUUAAAAGAUUCUGAACCAUCUGUUUGCAACAAAGCACUGUAUGCUAUUUCUGGUUUCCUUAAACACAAUGCAGCUGGUGUCAAGGCAUUCGAUCAACACCAAGGUUUUCAAAUCCUUCAAGACUUUUUACAUUCAGACAAUCCCACUGUCUUGAGAAAAGUAGUAUUUUUAUACAACAGUUUGAUCUUUGAAAACGAUAUCCAAUGUGACAUUUUAGAGGAUUUAGAUGCUAUUUUGACUCAACAUAGUCAAGAUGAAGACCUUGUUGAAAAGACACUACGCACUAUGCAUACAUUGGUGAUUAAGAAACAACUCAGUUUAUCAGACAGUAUGAAGCAACACAUUCAAGAGGCUCGUAAGCGUUAUUCAGAUCUAGCUUUAGCAGAAUCCGAAUUUAAAGAUUUAGAAUAAAAGUAAAGAAGGAGGGGGUAUGUUGU